AUUUCUUUAUUAUUUUUGUUUUUAUUUAAAAUAUCAACAUUUUCCAAUCUAAUUUUAAUGAAUACCGAAGUAAAAAACAUAGAUUUGAGUCAGGUUGAUGUAGAUCGGCCACAUUUUGUCGCUGUUACCACAUUGUACGACUCGCAGGCGAUUCGAAGUGUGGACUUUCAUCCUGAUGGAAAGCUUUAUGCCGUGGGCUCCAAUUCGAAAACAUUUCGAAUUUGUCAAUAUCCCCAACUAUCCAAGCUGAGACAAGGUCAUCAAGCGUAUCCUCCAUCAGUGUUAUGCAAACGAACAAAGCACCACAGAGGAUCAAUAUAUUGCACAAGUUGGUCUGGGGAUGGGGAGCUCAUUGCGACAGGAUCAAAUGACAAAACAAUUAAAUAUAUGAAGUUCAACAACGACACCAACCAACUAGUUGGCCAUGAAGUUGAACUUACCAUGCACGACGGAACUGUGCGCGACAUGUGCUUCCUUGACGAGAUGUCCACUAAGUCGAGACUUCUAGUGAGUGGCGGAGCUGGCAAUUGUAAAAUAUAUAUCACGGACUGUGCUACAGGCACGCCUUUUCAGGCUUACAGUGGCCACACAGGACAUAUUCUAUCACUGUUCAGUUGGAAUAGUGCAAUGUUUGUAUCAGGAUCGCAGGAUCAAACUAUUCGAUUCUGGGACCUUCGAGUUAAUGUAUCUGUCAACACAUUGGAGCAUGAUCGGAAGGAUGGUGCAGCCGUAACAGCUGUAACGGUAGAUCCGACCGGAAGACUUCUAGUUUCUGGGCAUUCAGAUAGCUCGUGUGUUCUAUACGACAUACGUGGAGAUAGACCCAUACAGCGCUUUCAUCCACACGGAGCCGAAAUAAGAUCUGUGCGCUUCUCACCUUCUGCUUACUAUAUGCUCACUUGUAGCUAUGACAACACUAUCAAACUAACUGAUCUUCAGGGAGAUCUUGCACACGAGCUAUCUUCUGUGGUGGUAGCCGAGCAUAAAGACAAAGCCAUCACGGUUAGAUGGCACCCCACAGAAUUUUCAUUUGUUUCAACAUCAGCGGACAAAACGGCUUCAUUAUGGGCUCUUCCUCCGUCUUAAAUCCAACAACUUCUGCAUUGUUGGUUUUAAGUUCGU